AUGAGACUAUUUGGGAAGAUGCAGAAGAAAGAUGUAGAAAGGAGGGAGCUCAUCUUUCCAGAUGGAAUAGUCCUGGUUGUCUUAAUGAUAUACAAACAUAUUUUAGAGAGCAAAACUAUCCAUCCUCCAGACAUUUUUGGACAUGUGCCCAAGAUCCUCCAUACAAUUUUACAUGUGACCCGACAAGGGAAGAAUUUACAAAUGAUGGAAAGCAGAAAAAUACUCCAGGAUGCUACACCUACCAUCACAAGAGUAACUCCUUUACUGAAAUAUUCCAUAUGCAAUGCCAAGCACAUAAGAUGUUUAUGUGUCAACGUUUAUGCUCAGGUGGGGCAAGUUUGGCGGCAUCAACUUCUGCAACUGCAACCUCAACUAAAGCUCCCACAGCAUCAACUUCUGCAACUGCAACAUCAACUCAAGCUCCCAUUACAACACAACCUCCCUCUACAACUCAACUUCCUGCAACAACAGAACAGCUUGGAGAAGAUGGGCUUGGAGAAAGUGGGCUUGGAUCUGGUGAUACCUGUAAUUGUGGACCAGCUGAUGAGGGUUUUGUGUUCAAGUCAGACAAAUGUAUGUGGGGAGAUAAAAUAGCAGGUUGCUUCAAGAUAUAUGACACUCCUGGUGAUAAUGAGACUAUUUGGGAAGAUGCAGAAGAAAGAUGUAGAAAGGAGGGAGCUCAUCUUUCCAGAUGGAAUAGUCCUGGUUGUCUUAAUGAUAUACAAACAUAUUUUAGAGAGCAAAACUAUCCAUCCUCAAGACAUUUUUGGACAUGUGCCCAAGAUCCUCCAUACAAUUUUACAUGUGACCCGACAAGGAAAGAAUAUACAAACGAUGGAAGGCAGAAAAAUACUCCAGGAUGCUACACAUACCAUCACAAGAGUAACUCCUUUACUGAAAUAUUCAAGAUGCAAUGUCAAGCACAUAAGAUGUUUAUGUGUCAACGUUUAUGCUCAGGUGAAAGUGAGCUUGGAUUUGAAGAACUCUUUUAAGGUAGCUUUACUGUACAAGUGAUCUAAAGACAAGAUGUUUGUACUGAUGAGUGAAUAGUUAGGAUAACUUAAAAACUUUUAAAUAAAUGAGGGAAGCCUUAAGAAAACAGCUUCGCUAAUGCCUCAGUCACAUAUGAUCUAUGGCAACUGUAAGGCGUCUGUAGCUUUCCAAAAUCGAGAGAAAUAUGCAGCAUAAAAUAUAGUGAUAAGCAGUACGAUGUAGAUUUUCUAUUUUGUGUAGCUACAGCUGCUGUAGUA